AUGUUUCAUCCAGUCCUGUCAGAAUUCGACAUCGUUUUUGCUGGAGGUGGUACUACAGCCUGUGUUAUCGCAGGUCGCUUAGCCGUAUAUGAUCCUUCGCUGAGGAUCUUGAUUCUGGAAGCGGGUCAACACUCCCUCAAUAAACCUAUUCAUGUACAACCCUUCCAAUCUCCAUUCAACCAGGCACCGACGAGCACUACAGUCACAUUCAACAUCGGAAACCCAUCUCCUCGUCUCAAUGGCCGUGUACCGAUCGUUCCCUCCGGUCGUUGCGUUGGUGGAGGCUCAUGUGUGAAUAGUAUGGUAUACACUCGUGCACCUGCUUCGGACUAUGAUGACUGGGGAGUCAAUGGUUGGGAAUCUGAAAAUUUGAUUCCCCUCAUGAAAAAGCUCGAGACAUAUGAGGUGCAACCCGAUCGUCCAACUCACGGCUAUGACGGACCUAUCAAAGUGUCCUCUGGUGGGUGUAAAUUGCCUAUCUCCGAUGAGUUCAUCCAGGUUGGCACGACCUAUCACAAGAGGCAGUAUGCCGAAGACACCGACGAUUUGGAAACUUGCAAUACAUACAGUGUAAGCCAUGAUAAAAGGUACAUUGAUGGGUCAACCGGAAGGCGUUCGGAUGCGGCUCACCACUAUAUCUACAACCAAGCUCACAACCCAAAUCUACAUGUCUGGGAUGGAAAGCGCGUAAAGCGCAUCAUCUUCGAGGACAAACGCGCUGUAGGUGUUGAGUUCACCAGCGACCUAGUAUCUUGCCCAGACGCGGAUCAGUCGUUGAGUAUUGUGAGAGCAUCAAAACUUGUCAUUAUCUCCGCUGGGGCGUUUGGUUCACCGACCAUUCUGGAGAGGUCUGGGAUAGGUGCCGAGGCAAUCCUCAAACAGUGCGGUAUCGAGCAACUAGUGAAUCUGCCUGGUGUCGGAGAAAAUUAUCAUGAUCACAAUCUCGCCUGCGCUCCAUACUUGGCUGCGGACGAGACUAUAACCAUGAACGUCCUAUCUGAGGAGAGUAUUCUACAGGAAAGUCUUGCACAGUGGAAUAGCAGUGGAAAAUCAUUGGUGGCACAAAAUGGCGUCAAUUCAAAAAUAAAGUGGCGUCCUGAUGAUGAGGAAUUGAAAGCCAUGGAUUCAGCUUUUCAGCCACGCUGGAAGGAAUUCUUCCAGCACCGCCCAGACAAGGCUGUUGCAAUAUUUGCUAUUUUGGCAGGGCAUGUUCUACCACUCUCAAAUAUCUUUCCUCGCUACAUGAGUGCCGCUUAUUGUACAAUUUACCCCGUGUCUGUUGGAAGCGUUCAUAUCAACGUAACAGAGAACGGCAAAGAAGGAAUGGACUUUACUACAGGCUUCCUAGAUGAUCCAUCUGAUAUUGUUCCUCUUAACUUCGCGUACAAAAAGACGCGCGAAAUUUUUCGACGCAUGGCUUCUUACCGAGGUGAAGUCACUGCUUUCCAUCCUGAUUUCCCAGAGGGAAGCGCUGCAGCCUGCAAAGAAGCUUCCGGGCCAGUGGACUUGAAUGCACCUGAUAUCAUUUACACUGCUGAAGAUGACGAGGCGAUCGAUCAAUUCCACCGCAACAUCGUGCAAACAACAUACCACUCGCUUGGGACUUGUGCCAUGAAAUCGGAGGCAGAUCAAGGAGUUGUUGACGCUCGGCUAAAUGUAUACGGCGUGUCGACCUUGAAGGUUGCAGAUAUGUCCAUCUCGCCCUUGAACGUUGGCACGAACACGUAUUCGACGGCACUUCUCAUCGGAGAGCGGGCUGCGAUGAUCGUUGCUGAAGACUUGGGUAUUAAUUGCGUGUGA